ACAAUAAUGCAUUGAAACUCAAUUGGAGGGAAUGGGGUAGCAUAUAUUAGGCUGUUCUCUUGUGCUUUGUGGGUGUGUAGACAGAUAUUGCAAUGGCAGAUGAGGCUGUAGCAGGUGACUUUGAGCCACUGCGUGCAAAUGAUAGGAGGAGCAGCAUAGGCUUGAUAUUCUUCAAGUUCUUUAGUGUUCUCUUCUUGGCAGGUGCCCUUUGCUACCUCUUCAUCAGCAACUUUAAUUCAUCGACACCGGACGCCAAAAAAUUCUCAUUGUCAUUUGAGAAACAAGAUGCAUUGAAUAUAAGGCCACUGAUAAAGGAAUCAACCGUUAAAGAGAAGCAACUAAAGAAAGAAGUAUGUGAUCUUUCUGUUGGAGAAUGGAUACCAAACCAUGCAGGACCAGCAUACACAAAUGAAACCUGCAAUCAAAUACCAAGAUAUCUAAACUGCCUGAAGAAUGAGAGGCCUGAUACUGGUUACCUUCACUGGAGAUGGAAACCUAGUGCCUGUGACUUACCUUACAUUGAUCCACUGAAAUUUCUGAAUGCAAUGCGCAAUAAAUCAAUUGCAUUCCUCGGCGCUUCAAUUUGCCACAACCUUGUGGUCUCCUUGACCUGCCUAUUAUCUAAGGUAGAAAAGGCUCGUGAUAUCUUUCAUGACUCAACAUUCAGCACUAGGACAUGGCACUAUUCUUCUCAUAACCUCACACUGUAUGUCAUCUGGGCUCCAUUUCUGAUUCAUUACGAGACAAUUGAUAAUCAUGGAGAUAAAUCUCAGAUCGACACACACCUUCAUCUUGACAUCCUGGAUAGCAAGUGGACCAGUGAAUACAACAAAUUUGACUAUGUGGUGAUCUCUGGUGGUCCAGAUUUCUACAGAUCAAGCAUCAUAUAUGAGAACAACCAAGUAAUUGGCUGCCAUUACUGUCCUCACUUGAAACUAAGAAAUUUAGCAACUGAUAAGAUUUACAGGAGGGCACUCCAGUUGAGUCUCAAGUUCAUUGCCACAUCUGAGCACAAGCCCUUCGUUAUCCUCAGGACAUGGUCACCAAGUCACUAUGAGGAUGGAGAGUUUCCUAAUGAAAGAGUUUGCAGUAGAACUAUGCCAUUUAGAGAAGGGGAAAUCAGUGGUGCUCCUUCAGACCUUAAAAUGAGGGACGUUGAGGUUGUGGAGUUUGAGAAGGCUGCAACCAUUGGAGCAAGGAAUGGGGUGAGAAUGGAGCUACUUGAUACUUACCAUCUUUCACUCUUGCGACCUGAUGGGCAUCCAGGUCCUUAUGGUACUUGCCAUCCAUUUGAUAGUGAUAAGAAGAAAAAGCUUCAAAAUGAUUGCCUGCAUUGGUGCUUGCCUGGUCCUAUUGACACUUGGAAUGAACUGCUACUAAAGAUGCUAAUCAGUGGAGAUACUGGUGGCUCUGUAUCUGCUUUGCUCUAGAAUGCCAUUCAGUCUUUCAUUUA